UUCACCAUCCCGCACAGUACAACAAGAGCAACAGUGUUGAACGGCUACUACAUCCCCAAGGAUACCUGUGUGUUUGUCAACCAGUGGCAAGUGAAUCACGACGAGAAGCUUUGGAAGGACCCCUCAGCCUUCAACCCUGAGCGGUUCCUCGAUGCUGCAGGGGCUGAGAUAAGCAGGACGGAGAGCGACAAAGUGAUGGCUUUCGGCCUGGGGAAGCGGCGCUGCAUCGGGGAGUCCAUCGGCCGCCGGGAGAUCUUCCUCUUCUUGGCCACCCUGCUGCAGCAGCUGGAGUUCAGCCUCCGCCCCGGCGAGGAGGUGGACGUCACCCCUCAGUACGGGCUGACAAUGAAGUACAAGAAGUGCGAGCACUUCCAGAUCAAGCAGCGUUUCCCCGUGAAGAGCUCUCCAUGA